AUGUCUUCUCCCACCAUCUUUGUCUGUGGCGCAACAGGCACUCAAGGCAGUGCCAUAAUCUCCAGCAUCCAAAAACACCAGCCGACCACCAAGAUCCACGGUAUAACCCGCGAUCCCUCCUCUGAGCAGAGCAAGGCCCUCCAAGCCGGCGGGGUAAUGCUCUUCGAGGGCAACUUCAAUGACGAAGACUCCCUCCGCACCGCCAUGACCGGCUGCACAGCACUCUUCCUCAAUCUGAUGCCGAAUCUGACCGAGAUCGCCCAAGAACUUGCUCAGGCGAACCGAAUCCUACAAAUCGCGAAAGAAGUCGGUGUCCACCAGGUCGUCUACAGCAGCGGGCUCGUCACGAACGCCGAACGCCGCAAAUACUGGGACCCGACCAGCUUCGUGGCGAAGAUCGUUCUUAGCAAGAAACAAGUUGAAGAAGCGGUGCGCAUUGCAGGAUUCAAAUACUAUACCAUCAUCCGGCCCGGAAAUUUCAUGACGAAUUUCCUUGCCCCGUACGUCUACCGCCAGUACCCAGGGUUGGCGGAGAGGGGCGAGUUCACAACGGCGUUUACGCGUGAUACGGUUAUCCCUAUGAUCGAUCCGAACGAUAUCGGGGAGUUUGGAGCGGCUGCAUUCAUGGAGCCAGAGAGGUUUCAUGGGAAGGAGAUCGCCAUCGCGUCUGAAUUGCUGACGCUGGACGAGAUCCUGGCAUCCUUGUCCAAGGCUGCAGGGAGGCAGUUGAAAGCGAACUACAUGAGUCAGGAAGAAAUUGAUAAGCAGGUGAAGACGAAUCCGUUUGUGGGCGGGCAAUUGAUGGCGCGGGAUAUGGUUGACGAGGUGGAUAUUGAGUAUAUGACAACUUUUGGGGUCCAGACGGUUCACUCUAGUGAGCUUCAGACAACCUCAUCAAUCUCCGACACUUAUACCCCACACCACUUUAUCCGCACCGUGGCCAAGGACAGCUCCCAGGCGCCCAUCCGAGACAAACAAGAACAAUCAAUCACAACAGAUGCAUUGCCGGCAAAAGACAUGAAGGAACAGUAA